AUGUCCAACAUUCCUACUGAUGGUACAGGUGUUAUCGGGCUAGACCCGUGGCUGGAACCUCAUCGCGAGGUUCUGAAGCAUAGGUACCAGGUCGUCGAGACAUGGGCCAAGACGAUCAAUGAGAACGAGGGUGGACUGGACAAGUUUAGCAAGGGCUACGAAACCUUUGGCCUCCAUGCGCAACCUAACGGCGACAUCAAAUACCGGGAAUGGGCACCCAAUGCGAAGGAAGCUUCUUUGGUCGGCGAGUUUAAUAACUGGGACCCCAAUGCCAACCCCAUGACGAAGAACGACUUUGGGGUCUGGGAUGUAACCGUUCCCGCAAAGGACGGUGCUGCCGCAAUUCCCCACAAGAGCAAGAUCAAGAUCACAAUGGUACUCCCCAGCGGAGAGCGUAUCUACCGACUUCCCGCUUGGAUCAAGCACGUAACCCAGGACCUGACUGUCUCGCCUGCGUACGACGCAGUCUUCUGGAAUCCGCCCGCGGAAGAGGCCUACAAGUUCCAGCACCCGCGUCCCAAGAAGCCCGCCAGCCUGCGUAUCUAUGAAGCCCACGUCGGUAUCUCCUCACCAGAGACCAAGGUCGCUACAUACAAGGAGUUCACCAAGAACAUGCUACCCCGCAUCAAGUAUCUGGGAUACAAUGCGAUUCAGCUCAUGGCCAUCAUGGAGCAUGCUUACUAUGCCAGCUUCGGCUACCAGGUCAACAACUUUUUCGCGGCCAGCAGCCGCUACGGACCCCCAGAGGAUCUGAAGGAGCUCGUGGACACUGCCCACAGCAUGGGAUUGGUUGUUCUGCUUGACGUGGUUCACAGUCACGCUUCCAAGAACGUGAUUGAUGGACUCAACGAGUUCGAUGGAACAGACCACCUCUACUUCCACGGAGGUGCCAAGGGCCGCCACGAGCUGUGGGACAGCCGUCUGUUCAACUAUGGAAACCAUGAAGUCCUGCGUUUCCUCUUGAGCAACCUCCGCUUCUGGAUGGAAGAGUACAAGUUCGACGGAUACCGCUUUGACGGCGUCACCAGCAUGCUCUACACCCACCACGGAAUUGGAACCGGUUUCUCCGGUGGCUACCACGAGUACUUCGGUCCUGCUGUUGACGAGGAGGGCGUCACAUACCUGACUCUCGCCAACCAAAUGCUGCACGACCUCUACCCAGACGUAAUCACCGUCGCUGAAGACGUCUCGGGCAUGCCAGCCCUCUGUGUCCCCCACGCCCUAGGCGGCGUCGGCUUCGACUACCGCCUGGCCAUGGCCAUCCCAGACAUGUACAUUAAGCUGCUUAAGGAAAGCCAAGACGACGAGUGGGACAUGGCCAACAUCUCCUUCACGCUCACCAACCGCCGCCACGGCGAGAAAACCAUUGCCUACGCCGAGAGCCAUGACCAAGCCCUGGUCGGCGACAAAUCACUCAUGAUGUGGCUCUGCGACAAAGAAAUGUACACGCACAUGUCAAAGCUGACCGAAUUCACACCCGUGAUCGAGCGCGGCAUGGCCCUGCACAAGAUGAUCCGGCUGGUAACGCACGCGUUAGGCGGCGAAGGCUACCUGAACUUCGAAGGCAACGAGUUCGGCCACCCAGAAUGGCUAGACUUCCCGCGCGAAGGAAACAACAAUUCCUUCUGGUACGCGCGGCGCCAGCUGAACCUCACCGACGACCCGCUGCUGCGGUACAGGUUCCUGAACGAGUUCGACCGCGGAAUGCAGCUGGCCGAGCAGAAGUACGGCUGGCUGGCAUCGGAGCAGGCGUAUAUCAGUUUGAAGAACGAGAGCGAUAAAGUGCUUGCGUUUGAGCGCGCAGGGCUGCUCUGGAUCUUCAAUUUCAACUCCACGCAGAGCUUUACCGAUUACCGCGUUGGUGUUGAAGUCCCUGGUACGUAUCGCAUUGUGCUUGAUACGGACGAUGUCGAGUUCGGCGGUUUCGGGCGGAACGUCAAGGAGACGAGGUUCUUUACUACUGACUUGGAGUGGAAUGGGAGGAAGAAUUUCGUGCAGGUCUAUCUUCCGAACCGGUCGGCUUUGGUCCUCGCUUUGGAGAAUACUCUGUAA